AUGUCUGUGGCUCAUUCUGCACUUGAGCCCACCAGACACGAAAGAGAGCUCCUUCUGCGCUCCAGGAACCAAAGCUAUGAAGUUCCUUUGCACAAUUUCACCUUUCUGGAAAAUACAGAAAUGAUCGAAUUCCUGGAAGAUACAGAGUGGCCCACUCUCAGCUCCACAUCUAGUCAUGGCUUCUUAAGGUCUCCUUUUCCCCUGCCCAAAAUGUGUGACAAUGAUGAAGACUGUUUGGACAAUGAGGAGGCACUGUUAGCAAACAAUCUCCACCUUCCAACAAUGACAGAAAUAGAUGGAUGUUUUGAGACUGGAUACAAUUGGCAUCGUUGCCUGUUGAAAACUACCUCCGGUCUUCUGGAGUUCCAGAUCUACCUGGAGUAUAUCCAGAACCACUUAAGUGAUGAUCAGAAGGACACAGCCAGAGAUAUUCAGAGCAAUUCCAAAUUCCUGGUUCAGAUCUUGAAACAAGAGAUAAAGAAUCCAGAUGAAAUAGUCUUUCCUAAUCCAACUGCCAAAGCCAGCCUGAUGGAGAAGCUGGAGUCACAGGAGAGGUGGCUGAAGGUCAUCACUGUGCACCUCAUCCUCCGCAGCCUCCAGGAUUUCCUGCAGUACGCCCUCCGGGCUACGCGGCAACGCUAG